CCAGCCGGGCAGCCAACGGCUCCCGGCGUGCACCGCGGCGAGCGCUCGGAGGGAGCGGAAGAGAUGCGCCGGCCGGGCGGCGUCUCCUGAGUCUCCGUGCCCCGCGGCAGGGCCGCUGAGCACCCGGCUCUGACAGUCCCUGCCCAUGGGCCGCGAGCCACCGCGAGGAGCAGGCCGAGCGCCGCAGCCGCCUGAGGGAGCGUGGCAGGUCACCUGGAUGUCAGCAUGGCAGCCACAAACCUUGAGAACCAGCUGCACAGUGCGCAGAAGAACUUGCUCUUCCUCCAGCGGGAGCAUGCCAGCACACUGAAGGGACUGCACGCUGAGAUCCGGCGGCUGCAGCAGCACUGCACAGAUCUAACGUAUGAGCUGACACUCAAAAGUUUCGAACUGACAGGAGACGGCUCUUCUAGAACGACGGAGCUGAAGAGGCGCUGUGAAGAGCUGGAGGCCCAGCUGAAGGCCAAAGAGGAGGAAAACCACAAGCUGCUGCAAGAGCUGGAGCAAAAGAAUGCUGCCAUUGCUGUGCUGGAGAACACAGUGCGUGACAGGGAGAAGAAGUACCUGGAGGAGCUAAAGGUGAAAAGCCACACGCUGAGCAUGCUGUCCGGCGAGUUGGAGCAGCGUGCCAGCACGGUGGCCUACCUCACCGCACAGCUCCACGCAGCCAAGAAGAAGCUGCUGAGCUCCAGCGGCACCUCAGACGCCAGCCCAGCAGGCAGUCCUGCACUGGCCAGCUACAAGCCCACGCCCCCCAAGGACAAGCUGCCCGAGACACCCCGCCGCCGCAUGAAGAAGAGCCUGUCAGCGCCGCUGCACCCCGAGUUUGAGGAGGUCUACAGGUUCGGAGCUGAGAGCCGCAAACUCCUUCUGCGGGAGCCUGUGGACGCCAUGCCCGACCCCACCCCAUUCCUGCUGGCCCGGGAGUCCGCUGAGGUCCAGCUCAGGGAGCGGCCUCUGGUCAUCCCUCCCAUUGCUUCAGACCGCAGCGCCAGCGGGCAGCCCAGCCCAGCCCGAGACAAGCCGCACAAGACCCAUGUCGGGGUGGCUCAUCGCAUCCAUCAUGCCAGUCCGCCGCAGGCUCAGGCAGACGGGGAGACAAGGGCCGUGGACCAGGUGAGCGCAGGGAAGGUGGUGCGGAAGCACUCAGGGACAGACCGAACUGUGUGAUGCCUGCUGCCUCCGCAGCCAGCCACACACUGUGAGCGCCACAGGGAGCCUUGCCCACACCUUCCUCGCCCACCCAUGCCAAAUGUCUCCUAUCGUCGCCGCCUGGCUCCUGGCCCCAUAGCGACACAAUGCUACGAUGGUGUCCCCGCUGAAGAUAUUUACUGGCACUGUGGCCAACGCCUGCAUGCCAUUAGCUUGCUUCCAGCCCCAUGAGAUCUCGGCACAUCCUAGUCAAGGCCUAGGCCACGGCUGUAUCACUGCGUUGCGUCACACAGAAUCAGAAUUGCCUGAAGUCAAAGCAAACUACAGACCUGCCCCUCCCCAUGUUCAGGGCAGCCUGUGAGAGCAGAGCAGCAGCUUCUUCCUGGAGACUUCUGCCUUGCACAGUCCCUUUACCGAGCAGCUGUGUCACAUGGUCUAAGCAAGAUGACCUCACCCCUGAUGUCACCCCAACCUGAAUGUGUGUUCAUGAUCUUUUUUUUUUUUUUUUUUAGUUUCAUCCAAAUGUUCAGGAUCCAAGAAAUGUUAUUUUCUAAACCCGACCACCUUCUCCUCUGUGUCUUUUUGAAGCACUGAGGGACUGUGGAGGAAGAGGUCAGGGAGGACUAGCAGGUGGGGGUGGGAGCACUUGCUGCCCAGAGCUCUUGCUGAGAUGGUUCUCCUGCAUUCUGUCCU